CCUGGACCAACCUGGAGAGAACACAACAUUAUAUCAGGACCUAUAGACACCUGGACCAACCUGGAGAGAACACAACAAGAUGAGGAUCCUGCUGAUAGUCAUCCUCCUCUCCUUCAUGACAGGUUGUUUGAGCUCCUUCAAAGUGACAGGAUACUCUGGAGGAACUGUCAUCAUCUACUGUGAAUAUUCCAUAGAAAAAAUAAGUUCUGAGAAAUAUUUCUGUAUGGGGGAGGGUAGUUGGAGUUGUGAGGAUAUAAUCAGAACUGGAUUGAAGAACAGCUGGCAGAACAGCGGUAGAUUCUCUCUGUAUGACAACACUGAAGGAAACGACUUCAAGGUGAUCAUCAGACAACUGACUAAACAAGAUGAAGGGACCUACUGGUGUGGAGUGGACAAACCUACUGCACCUGACAGUUAUACCAAGGUAGAGCUGGAUGUGAAGACUGAUGACUGCUGUGAGAAGUCAGUCACAGAGACGGUCUAUCUGGGAGGAGAGCUACCAUCAGCUGCAACUAUCCAGAGGGACCAUGAGGACAGCAUCAAGCAUUUCUGCAAGAAAGCAAAGACUUCAAGACUUGUGUUAAUAUGA